GUAUUCACGAACACACCAGCAAAUUUUUGACGUCUAUCGUUGUGUCAUAAGCAAUGGUGUGAAUUUCAAACUAUUCACGCAGUUAAAAUAGAUAGGUAUGAUUAACGACACGAGACUUCGUCUGAGAACAUGUGGUUAAACGACACAAAGUUGAAGAUCAUUGAACGAGGAACAGCAAAGAGAAGGUGCGGUAGCCCAAGGCAUUUUCCCAGAAAAGUUCACAUAUCAGAAGAGAAGGUAGCCGAAGAACUGGGAAAUUUAUGCAUUGGUAUAGAUUCAACAGGGCCAUCAACAUCCACCAGAAUACCUGAUUUUAUGUAUGGUAAACCAGGAACAAAUCAAUUAUUUAAAGACAUAGAAGAGGGCUUGGAGAUUGAUAGUGAUGCCAAUGAUGAAAAGGGCACUAUUCAAAUUGCACCAGAACUUGCUGCGGAAUUAAAAAAAUUGAAUCGCAAAAUAUUAACAGUCGGAAGCUACUGGCAAUCAGCUAGGUUACCAAAGCCAUGUCAAGAGCUGGUUUUGUGGAAACCUCCAUCAGGUGCAGUGGCAGACAUUUUAAAUGCAAUGAAGGAGACUGAAGAAACUCAAAACACUUCAUCUAAGAUUGGUUCGAACUCUACAGAUGAAAUAAAGUACAUGGCGACUGAUGAUCAGAACUGUGCAAAUCGCGCAGAUGAAGAUUUUAAUAAUACACCCAGUUUGUUAUCACACCAUUCUUUUUUUACGCCACAAACUAAUAAGCAAGAGAAUGAAUAUCAUCCAACUGAAAGAGCCGAUUUUGUAAUGGAUUACAUGGAAUUGUGAUAUUGCGAUACUUGUUAUACUAAUUCCUAGUCUAAAGCAAAUUAGCAUGACAUGUAUUUGAAAGGUUCUCCAGUCCAAUGCACUUGUUGGAUGGAUCAAUUAAUCUUCACAACGCGCUAAACAAAAUAAAUUUUCUAAAAAAUCUCUUUGACAGAUCAUCCUGUGCUAUCAUAUCUGCUUGUGUAACAGCUUGUUGUCACUUCCUAACCAACCACGUUCACAAUGUAAAUUUAUUGUUAUUAGUAAAUUGUUUGCAUAAUUGCAGUUUGUCAAUAGAUAGGCUUCUUAUUCACCUUUCUGUACAAGGGGUGAUGACAUCAGUACAAGAUUACCUAUAUUUUGUAUUGAUGCAUGUAAACUUUCAUAAAAAUUAAGCAAUUUUUUUCUUCAAUUUACAAUAUGGCAUUCAGUAUUGUAGCAAGCAAUUAUACAAGAAAACCUAAUAACAUUACAGUAGUGAAAAUAUCCUAGGCUAAUGUGGGUAAGCAGUAGUUUCGCAUCACCCUGUCACAAGUGUUGUCAUUGAAACUCUGUCAAAAAUAUCAUGGCAGGUUUGUAUAACUUUCUAUUGUAUUUUCGGCAAUUCAGUUACAUCACAAUCUAGUUUGGCACCAAGCAAAAAAAGAUGAUAGCAACGAUGAAUACUAAAAUAACCAGUAAAAAUUUCAAUAACCUGCUGUAGGAACUGAGCUUGGGUUGCACGUUGGCGAUGAUUUCAUUGUUCAUUUCAAAUAUUUUAAUCUUUUCCUGCACAAUCUGUUCUUUCAAGUCAACAUCCAGGUCCAUUCUAUUUAUUGCAUUUUUUUAUAUGAUUUUUCAGUUCUAUUCUAGACCCUUCGGAAAAAUGAAAGAUCAUCAAUCCAUCAUCUGUAGAUAAUCCCAGAGUUCGUCUUAUAAUCUUCCGUAAUAUGUAACCACCAGCCAGAAGGGCUGCAAAAAAAUAAGGUCAUUGAACAUUUGACUGAAUUUUCUAGCUAUAUGACAUCAGGAAAGUUAUUUUAAAUCUAUUUAUAAAUAAUUAUUUCAGAAUUUGUAAAAUACUAUUAAGAGCAAUUGAAAUCCCACUCCAUGACCAUAAAAGCUUUAUUUAAUUUCUUCUGUAGACUGGAAAAAAUGAAAACUAAUUGAAUCGUUGUGUAUCUCGACUGUCCUGCAAUGUGUCGUUUAUUUAUUAUGACCCAACUCUGAAUAUAUUCAAAAUGUAAUGAAAAAACCAUCUAUCCUGAUCACAUUCUAGAUCCAGGGGCUUGGGUCCCCCUCGCGAGGGGGCCACAAUGCUAGGCACAGAGUUAAUUACACAUUCACAAGGAAACUCCCCAUUCUUCCUAGUUCCAUUGCGUAAUAAGAUUAUUUCACAGAG